AAUGGGAAAAUGAACCUGUUAUUUUAAAGGAGAGACUGCUUUCAGAAAGCAAGAUAGAAAGAUAUAUGCUGAAAAAAACAUAUAAAACGUAAAACCUUAGUGUUUUUUAUCCUGUUUUUACGGCAGGAAAACAAACAAAAGAAGAAGAAAAAGAACCAAUCAGAGCUCACCGUUGUCAUCUGACCUGCAGCCAAUCAGCGUCACCAUGGAUGAAUUUCAAAAACUCACCCGCCAUGAUUGUUGUGUUUUUAGGCUGAACUGAGUCCGUCCGUUGUGCACUCGGUUUUUAUUUUUAUUUUUUUUAACUGAAUAUUCAGAAGAAGAAGCUUGUUUUUAUAAGUGCUUUUUGGAAACGGACCAAGUAAAAUGGAUAUCAUGGAGUCUCGAUUUGCUCACCUGCGCCAGCGGGAUGCCAGCGUGUCCAUGCUGAGGGUAAAAAUGUCCCGCAGAAGGUCCCAGUCCCAGAAGGAGAACCGAGAACGUGCCAUGAACACACGCAGGCAGCUAGACAAGCUCCCAGAGCUGGAAAUGUCUUCCCUGGAUGCCUCCAUCGCAGUGGGCAACAUGUCAACCAUUCAGGAGAAGACGCAGAACAAUGCAAAACCUGCUAAAAGUGGAGCCAUAGAAGAGAGGCUGAAACAGCUUGAGCGCUGGAAAGAGCGUAAGGCUCUUGAGAAGGAGAAAGAAAAGAGAGAAAAGGAGCGUAAAGGGGUUUUUAAGACUGGCCUCUAUCAUCCAAAGGACACCCUCACCAUUGUAGCCCUGCCUGUGGUCCCAGCUGCCCCAAAAAGAGCUAAGGAGACAAAAGUGAACCCAGCACCAUCCCAGAGUACCAGAGUCACCCGUUCAAUGAAACAGCAACUGCAGCAGCCUCUGAAGACACAGGACCCAAACACUGUGGCAAAAAAAGCUCAACCUGCUGUGGAAAGAUCAACCAGAACCCGGGUAGCUCCUGUCAAACCUGCACCAGCACCAGUGACGACCAAGGCCAAAGUUUGUGCAGUGGAGCCUGUACGAGCCUUGUCAACCAGAUCAGCCAGCAGGCCUCCUGUUACAGCAGUUCCUGUGGUGAAAGACAAACCUAAGGACAAGGCUGCAGAUGUAAGAACCACAAGGAAGAGAGCCAUUGUCAACCCUGUGGUCCCCCCUUCUGGCAGAGAAAGAAACUGCAAAGCAACUGUCAACGACACUGCCCAGCCUCCUGUCCCCAAGGAGCCUGAGAUAGAGGAACCAGCCCGAGUUCAUCCUCCCAGCCCUACACCCUGUUCUGAGGAGGAAGACGUGGUGUUCGACCAAGCUCCAGCUGAUGCUCCAUCCUCUUUAUCCUCAUUUGCUCCAGAGGGUUUUGUCUUCCAGGCUCCUGCUGGUUUGUCAUGCUUCAAGUUUGAGCCUCUCACUCCUCGCUCAGCAGAUGCCUUCCUUACACCAAGCACCAGCUUCAAUAUCCCACCAGCUCCCGUAUUCAAUUUGGAGCCUCAAGUCGAACUAAGCAAGCCCUCUCCCCCUAAAUCACCUUGCCGCUCCCCACCUCGUACAUCUCCCACAGUGGCUCCUCCAACUUCAGGCAGCCCCCUGGAAUCAAAGCAUGAUGUUCCAUACUUCAGAUCGGAAAUUGCCAAUGAGACAGACAGACUGACAACUCUGUGUUCUCACUGGGAGUCUAAAGUGGAGGAUGAGUCCAUCCCAGAAGAGAUGAGAGACCGUAUGCGCACAGCAGUCGGCCAAGCGAGGCUUUUGAUGAAAGAGCGAUUUAACCAGUUCAGCGGCCUGGUGGACGACUGCGAGCUGGGCCGAGGGGAGAAGAUCACCACCUGCACUGACCUGCAGGGAUUCUGGGACAUGGUUUAUUACCAGGUAGAGGACGUCAACAAGAAGUUUGAAGCUCUCAAAGAAGCAGAGGGUCGAGGCUGGGUGGAGGAGCACAAGCCCCCACCCCGACAGAGGAAAGUAGUGAAGAAACCAGCAGCUGUGCCUGCCAAGCCAACAGGAACCAAAGCAGCAGCCAAGUCUCGCCUGGCUGCUGUGAAAGCUGCCAUGAAAGCCAGACAGCAGGCAGCAGAGGCAGAGAAAGCUGCAAAGGAUGCUGGUAAAAGCGAGGAUGACCCCAGCGUGAACUCUCAGGAACCACAACCACAAACAGGGGCCCACAUGUCAGACACAGUGCUCUUUGAUGGAGGCUUCUUCCAAGUGGAGAGUCCAGCCAAACCCUCAGGUUCAGUGAGGAGAUCCAACCGUCUGAGCGCUGCUGUGCCGCCUCAGGCCUCUCCCUGCUCCAACUACCUCACACCUCGAAGAGUCACUCGACGAUCCCUUGCAUUGGCUCAGACCCCCGCUCAGGCCGUUGCUUCUCCUGCUCAACCUGUCCUCACUCCUGCCCGCAUGUGUCUUACUCUCGACGAAACCCCAGCACAAGCACCAAAGCCUCAGUGUGCCACUCCCCAGUCAUCUCAGGAGAGAAAGGACACUGUGAAUGUCUCUCUUUGUUUCUCACCUGUCAAGGAAGUUCUUUCAGACGACACCCAGCCUGAGGGGGGCCCUUCACAGCAGACAGAAACAGUCUCUACGCAGGAAAACCCUGAACUGAGCACAGCCAUACCUGUGCAUUCACUUCCAUCUAUUUCUGUAGUGGAGGAGCAAGACGAACCAGCUGAAGCUGUCGAUGUUGACCCUCCUGUCUCUCCAAGACUCUCCCUCUCUCUGUGCAAAACACCUACUCCUGCCUUCCCUGAGCCCUCAUCAUCUCUGAGUUUCACGCUGUCACCCUGUAUGACUCCCUGCCAGCCUCCCAUCUCCUCCCUCCCUGCUGUACAUGGCCAGGUGGAGGCUCAAGUGUCUGUGUGUUGUACACCAGACAGCUCAGUUGUUGAGGAAAUUCCCGGGUUGGACUUCGAGCGUUACCUCCAGCCAUCACAGAGAUGCAGCCUGUCACCAAGGGAGACAGUUGCCAUGGAGACGUUGUCACCCAUGGCAGUGGAUGUUGAGAUGGAGAGUCCCAGAAGUCAAUCUGAAGACCUGCUAACUCAACAGGAACCAGCACUAACAGCGGUGCCCUCAGUGUUAAAUCUUCAGUCACCACAGGUCCAGACAGCAGAGUCUGCCCUGCUUCUUUUCACCCCGGACCUGAGCAACCGGAUACGCCAGUCUGUAUGUCCAAGUGACCUCAUGGUCUUCACCCCUCCCUCUAAUAUGUAGCAAAGACUUUUUCUUUUGUACUAAUUCUUUUUUUUUUUUUUACUCCCUUUGGAAAAAAAAAUAUCUGAGUGAUUAUUAACAUUUAUUUUCAGAUUACUGGAAAAUAGUUGUGUCCGAAAGGAUGGUUUGAUUAAAGUUCUAGUUAUCAGAAGGAAAUGGUCAAAACUCUUUAUUUACAUAAAUACAAAAAUCGCCAAUGCACUCACUGCUUUUAUUACUGUAUUUGAAGGCUCUAAGCAUUUUAUUUGUUUUUUGGACUUUGUGAAUAUUUUGGCUAUGAAACAGCUGGCUUCAUCCUGCGUCUGACAGGUUUCUCUGCUGCCCACAUUAUUACUGCAUCUUCAUCUUCUGCUUUCAUUCAUCGGCCUCUUAAUGCUCCUUCUGCCUGUAACACAACACAGUACAACACUGAGCACUACACAUGUUUAUGGGACAAAGGUGUAGUGGGGUGCAUAAGGGAGCAGCAGGAUGAUUUGGGACAUGGGUGGAGAU